CAAAAACUAAUUGCUGUGAUUGGCUGACACUGGCGCAUUUUGAAUACGUCCUUUAGUUUGAACGCAGGCGAGGGAGGAGUGAAAAUCGUUAAAACAGAACGUACGAGCCAAAAUGAACAGGCAAGCGAAAGGCAGAAGACCGCAUCGACCACCUUACAAAAAAACGUCUAGCAAGGAAAAAGACCCGGUCGGGGUUUACUGCCGUGUGCGACCUCUCGGGACAGAAAAUGAGGAAUGUUGCAUUGAGGUGAUCAGCAGCACCACCAUUCAACUGCAUGCACCUGAAGGCUUUAAAACAAACCGCAACGGCGAGUACAAAGAGACACAGUACUCUUUCAAGAAAGUAUUUGGAGUAUUAGUAUCUCAACCAGAGCUGUUUGAGAGUGUUGCCAGACCUCUGGUUGAUGACCUCAUCCAUGGAAAAAACGGUCUACUCUUUACGUAUGGAGUAACAGGAAGUGGGAAGACAUUCACCAUGACGGGCUCACCUGGCAUGGGUGGACUUCUGCCUCGCUGCCUUGACAUGAUCUUCAACAGCAUUGGGCCCUACCAGGCCAAGAGAUAUGUUUUCAAGACCGAUGAUAAAAAUGGCAUAGAGGUACAGAAUGAAGUCGAUGCCCUGCUGGAGCGCCAACGGAGGGAAAAUGUUUGCAUUCCAAAAACAGCCUCAUCCAGACAGAAGCUUGAUCCUGAAAUGGCUGAUAUGAUUACGUCGGAGGAGGCCUGUAGAGCUGAGGGGUUGGACGAGGACAGCAGCUACAGUAUCUUUGUGUCCUACAUUGAAAUCUACAACAACUACAUCUAUGAUCUUCUCGAGGAAAAUCAAGAGGAUGCAAUCAGGCCAAAGUGGAAUGGUGGUGGUACACCUGUGCGCCAGAAUACUGAGUUCAUGCCACCUCAGUCUAGACUUCUCAGAGAGGAUCAGAACCACAACAUGUACGUUGCUGGUUGCAUGGAGGUUGAAGUCAAGUCUGCUGAGGAGGCUUUUCAGGUGUUUUGGCGAGGACAGAAGAAGAGAAAGGUGGCCAAUACACGACUAAAUCGAGAAUCCAGUCGCUCCCACAGCGUGUUCAUUAUCAAACUGGCCCAGGCCCCUCUAGAUGCGGAUGGUGACACCAUCUUACAGAACCAGAUGGCUGUCAGUCAGCUGUGUCUGGUAGACCUGGCAGGAAGUGAGAGAACAGGCAGGACAGGGGCGGAGGGCACUCGUAUUCGUGAAGCAGGAAACAUCAAUCAGUCUCUGCUGAAUCUGCGGACGUGUAUAGAGAUCCUACGAGAGAACCAGAUGUGUGGCACAAACCGGAUGGUUCCCUACAGAGACUCCAAAAUCACACAUCUUUUCAAAAACUACUUUGACGGAGAAGGAAAAGUCAAAAUGAUUGUCUGCGUCAACCCAAAAGCGGAUGACUACGAAGAAACUUUGCUGGUGAUGCGCUUCGCAGAGAUGACCCAGGAAGUGGAAGUAGCUCGACCAGUGGACAGACCCAUCUGUGGGUUCACGCCAGGCCGCCGCCAUAGAAACGUGGCCUUCAAAGAUGAGCUGUCUCGCAAGUUGGAGGAGCGUGGUGGUCCAAUAUACAGAGAUGUACCUGUUGUAUUAAGCCCAGCGAUACACAGCUUGCCUCCAAUCCCGUCUUCCGAGGUUACAGAUGCCCACGAUGAUGUCACCCUGCCCAGGCUGAUUGAAGUUCUACAGAACAGAGCCAGGAUUAGACAGAUCAUAUUAGAGGACUACAACAGAGCAGCCAACAUGAUCAAGUCUAGGUUCCAUGAGCUUGACAGCAAUGCUAAUUCCAAAGAGAGUUACAUUCAUGAACAGAACAGCAAGCUCUUGGAGAAAGAUAACAUUAUCCAAAACAACAAGGCAGAGCUUGAGCGACUGGAGAAAAAAACAAGGAUGCUUGAACACAAGAUUGACAUCCUUCAGAAAACGACAAAGAUCUAUGAGGACGACAAACGUUGCCUACAGCACGAGCUGGAAACGAGAGAGCAAAGGUUGCAGAGAGAGCUGUCUGAGAAGAGACGCAUGGAGGAGCGCAUGCAGGGGGCCGUCACAGACACACAGUACAAGUGGGAAAAAAAAUGUGAGCGACGUGUGAAUGCAGUACAGCAGCAGUUGCAGAACAAACUAUGGGUGAAGGACGAGCAGCUGAAGCAGGUUAUAGCCAUCGUGACCGAAAACAACAAACCAGGCCGCCCUGAGCCUCCACCCCGUCAGACGCAACCUCAGAGGCCUUCCAGAGAGGAGCGCCUUCCCAUCCCUGCAAAGAGAUCCGCCUCACCCUCUGCUGUUCCGACGUCAACACCGGUUCGUCCCCUGCACCGGCGUUCCCGCUCAGCUGGCGGUGAGAAGUGGGUGGACCACAAGCCCUCCUCCAGCCUGGACUUGGGAACGGUGCUGCAACCCGUAAUACAUAACGCCAUCCAAGUGUCAGCCCCCAAUGAGAAAGUGCUGUCCAAGUGUGAUCGCUACGUGUUAACGCACCAGGAGAUCGCCUCCGACGGAGAGAUACAGACCAAACUUGUUAAGGGUGACGUGUUGAAGACAAGAGGAGGAGGACAAUCUGUCCAAUUCACUGACAUUGAGAUACUUAAACAGCAGCUCACCACAGUUCCAGGCCGCAAGAGGAGGUCUUCAGAAGGCACGAGCGGAGACAAUCAAAAUGGCGCUGUGACUGACGUGGAGACAAGGUGCUCUGUGGCUAUGGAGAUGAGGGCCGGUGCCAACUUGGGACCUAGCUUGGGACAUCAUUGCAUCACCAAACGCAGAAAACCCUGAACACAAUGGGCACUCCCACAAAUGAUCACUCUUCUCUUUUCUGAUAUAUCUGCAAAUCCUCUUCACAUGACUGUUGUGCAAUAGUCCAAACUUUUUUUUAUUAUCUUGCUACAAUAUUUAAACAUUGUUGUUGCUUUUAUAUAUGCAAAUGUGUACACACUUCUCACGCCAAAGCUGUUCAUGAAAAUAUUUAAUGUGGUGUUUAAGAUAUCUGGGUCAGUACAGUAUUUGUGUAAUUUAGAUGUAAACAUGCUAUUCGUGUGUAUUGUUCUGCAAUAUAGUGUACCACAUAUGUACUGUAUUUUUUAUUUUUAUAUUGCUGAAGUAGUUCGAUAAAAAAAACUAUUUACACAGCCACUGAUUAAUCAAACACUCCAGUUGUCACCAAUUGUGUACUUGGGAAUAAAAUUCCUUGAACGCA